AGCGUUCAUAACUGCUUUUACGACAACAAAUCACGUACCGUACGCGCAUUAUGGACGACUACGCCAACCCUGCAUCGAAACAGCCCGAGCCCGAGGUCCUUUCGCCGGCCUCGGUACUCACUCCGCAAGUAAUGUCUAUAGCAGCACUGUUACUGGCUGUAUUCCUGGUCUCUGUUACUGUCCUUCUGGCACGGAGGAAGUCUGCGAAACGAGGGGAUGCUGUGAUUCUUGCCGGUUGUCCCGAUGCUGGCAAGACUGCCAUUCUAUCUGCGCUUGCGUAUCAGCAAACACUCCCGACGCACGCGUCGAUGCAAACAAAUACUGCGCUCGUUGCCCUACCGUCGACCCAUAAGACUGUGCGCGUCAUUGACGUCCCCGGCCACCCGCGCAUCCGGGACCAGUUCCAAGAACACCUCCCCGAUGCGAAAGCUAUUGUUUUCGUCGUGGACGCUAGCACCGUCUCACGCAACGGGGCCGCUGUCGCUGAACAUCUUCACCUUAUACUGCACGCCCUGACGUCGCUUCCACCAUCACGCGAGGCGCCAUCACUGGCUAUAGUCGCGCACAAAUGUGACCUGCUCAAGGGUACUGCAACAGCUGCUUCGGAACAGCUCGCAAUCACCCGCGUACGAACCAUUCUGGAGCGGGAGCUGGAAAAACGCCGAGCCUCACAUGUAAACGGUGUCGCCGUAGAAGGUCUGGGGGCAGAAGAUGCGGAGUCCGAGAUGGGUGGCCUGGAAUGCACAGGUAGCGGCGAGUUCAAGUUCGCUGAGUGGGAAGGUGGGGAGAUCGGGUUCAUUGGGACAUCCGUUGCUGUCGGGAAGGCAGAGGUCUCCGUCGUGGAUGAAAAGCAUCCUGGGAGCGGUGGCUUGUCGCCACUUCGGGAAUGGCUUGAAGAGCUUUCUUAGGUUUUGUACUUCUGAAGCCUUUUUCUGUAUACAGAGCAGCUCUAAGCAACAGUUUG